GUGGAGUAAGAGAGCCAGGUGACCUGACGAGAUAGACAGAACUCCUAAAACUGUAAGGGAGCACGUGGAACCUGACCUCUGCACAAAAUAUGAAAGCAUUGUCACGAGCACAUAUGCUUCAGAGGUUUCAGCAGCACUGCCAGGCACUGAGCAAGGAAAACAAUGCUGGGUAUCGCCAGGAAUUUGAGGGUCUGAAUAGUGUGGGACGGGAUCUUACAACUAGGGCUGGACAAUUGGAUGCAAACAAAGACAAGAAUAGAUACCCUCUCAUCCUGCCUUAUGAUCAUUGUAGGGUGAGACUGGCCCUGCGGAGCUCCCAGCUGCAUUCUGACUACAUCAAUGCCAGCUAUGUCCCUGGUGGUGCGUCGGCACGUGAUUUCAUCUGUACCCAGGGCCCCCUUGAGAGCACACAGGCAGACUUUUGGCGUAUGGUGUGGGAGCAGAAUGUGAGGGUUGUCAUCAUGUUAACGCCCUGUAAAGAAAACCACAAAGUGCUCUGUGAGCCAUACUGGCCACAGGAGAGGGUGUCAGUGUGUUACGGCGGGGUGCAGGUGACCACACUGUACCAGCAGCGUGGCCCAGAGUCUGUUAUCACCACGAUGCACCUGCGCCAGGCGGGUAGUUCGGCUGAGAGGAGAGUAACACAUUACCACUACCCAGGCUGGCCAGAUCAAGGAGUUCCCCAAAACCCAGCCUCCAUUUGCGCCCUUGCUGAGCUUGUCCGGAAGCACAUCAACUCCAUUCAACACAUUGGUCCCAGCAUAGUCCACUGCAGUGCAGGGGUGGGGCGCUCGGGGGCGUUCGUGGCCCUGCUGUGGCUGAUGCAGCUGUGUGCACGUGGGGUACCCCCCAACGUGAGAGCGGUGGUCCAUGAUCUGCGCAGACACCGAAUGCUGAUGGUGCAGAACCUGGAACAGUAUAUAUUUGUUCACAACGUUCUGAAGCACUGGCUGGGUGAUGACAAGUCGGGACACGGACCCCGGGUCGCCCAGGAUAGUCGGGGUCCUCAGCCUGACAAAGAGAGGCAUACUCGUCGCACCAGCCAGGACGGCCACUCAUCGUCAGCUCGCAGGGACAGGGAUGACCAAGAAAGGUCACGACAUCCCCAGCACCAUAAUCCGAGGCAAGAGCAGGGCAGCACCAGCAAACUGCAUCUUGGGAACCUCCUGAGAAAACUGUGGCUAGAUUCAACUUCACAGACCUGA